AUGGUUCAAGUACUGCUGUCAAAUGUUAUGAGUGUGUUCUGCGUGGGGAAACGAGCGGACUUGAGCGAUUGGUUCGUGAAGCAGGAGAACGAGUACGAGGAGCCGCAGACACUGUUCGAGUUCGUUGCCAGCAGUUACGAUUUGGCGGAACGAAAGAAGGCUGCAAAGAGCGUGAUCUGCGAGGAAUGCGGCAAAAGCUUCUCGAGGCUCGACAGUCUUCGAAGACACGAGAAGAAUUAUUGCAGAGUAAAAGGAGACAGAAUGUACUGCCGCUUUUGCGGUGAGAAGUCGGAGAGCUACUCGGAAAAAGAGCAAGAGGACGACGCCGAGGUUUGUGAGAUCUCGUUUCACGGACAGUUAGCGAUGAACUAUUUGCUCUGUGACUCGUCCAUCUUGAAUUCCAUGGAAUCGAGCGUGCUCCGGAAAAGCGUGAAAUCUCAUCAACAAUUUCGAUGCGACGGUUGCGACAGAGCGUACACGCGAAUGGACAGUCUUAAACGGCACCAAGCCAAAUGCGACGCGUCGUUGGAGAAGCUGCAAGAGGAAGUCGAAUGGCUACAUCGACAAAAGUUUUAUUGCAAUCAGUGCGGCAAAGGUUACAAAAGACUGGACACGUUGAGGAGGCAUCAGAGACUCGUUUGCGGCGACAAAGACAACGCGUCUACAGCUACCGAUAAACCGACCGUUUAA